CUUCUGUUUCUUUCUUUUUUUUAACCAUGUACUUUCCCGAACCGACCACUGCCAAUUGGUUGAUUGGCAUUUUUGUCACUGUGGCGACAUGUGGUCUCGUCUAUCGUGAACUCGAUCCAUCCUCCAGCAUGGGCUAUUCUAAAUUUGCCGAUGCCAAUAAAGGAAUCCAGGUGCCUUCACGGGUCGGGAUGCUGGUUAUCUAUGGCCCCGCUUGCAUCUUGUCGGUGAGCAUCUUGCUGUACCUGCUGUCCAACAGUCACUUGUUUACAGACCAUUUACAAAUGAUGAGCGUGCUGCUCUGUAUCCAUUACUUGAAGCGUGUUUAUGAAGUAUUAUAUGUCCAUCAUUACUCGGGAAGCUUGUGCCUGCAGCAUGCGAUCAAUAUUUCGUGUGGUUAUGUGAUGUUUGCUGUGGUAGCCCAUUAUUAUACGGUGACGGAUCCUCGUGCGUCGCGACUGGAAACCCAUCUGGGUUUCAUUUUGUUCUUUAUCGGUGAAAUUGUGAAUCAUUAUCACCAUCGUGUUUUGACCAAUCUACGAGCGCCGCAUACAAAACAGUAUCAGAUCCCCUAUGGAGGAUUAUUCAACUACAUCUGGUGUCCGCAUUAUGUGGGAGAGAUCCUUUCAUUCAUUGGUACCAGUCUCGUGUCCCACAGCGUGCUUGUCUUGAUUAUGCAGUUGGGCUCGGCCGCCUACCUUUGUAUCCGUGCAAGAAAUACUCGCCAAUGGUAUCAUCAACGUUGGCCGGACGCUCCUAAGCGUGCCUGUCUCAUUCCCGGCAUUUUCUAAUAUCAUCACUAACGAAAUACAUGCCAGCGGCAUCCAAUGAAUACCUUGUUUUAUAAUCAUGUUAUUAAUGCCUAUAAGACUAUUGACCAAUACAGUAUGUGCGCAUCUUAUUAGAGUCGAUUCAACAUUCUCAAUGUUUUGACUAGAAUAAAUGCUCUGUAAACUCGCGGAUAAGGUUUUGAACUCAUCAGAUAGCACAAAAAUAUAAGGUUUGAUCGG